AUGACCUCAACUCAAAACCUUAAAGAUAAAUUUGAAGAGGAAAUUAGACAACAAAAAGAAGGAAAAGGUAAAAAGGAAAAGGUCUGGACUCCUCACUCUGAUAGUUCUUAUAAUAAACAAACAGCUGUUAAAUUUUCAGGUGUUCAAGGAGGUCCACCACCAAAAAAAUCUCUUUCUCAAUUACCAUAA